UUCUGCUUGUGAUACACAUAUACAUAGUUGAUACUAGAAUUAUUCGGCCAUCACACCUAAAAAAUAGAUAAUCCUUUGUGCAACAGUGUUACGAAACAGCACCGACAAAAAUCGUAUACUUUUGGGACCAACGAUGUACGUGCCGGAACAAAGAAAAAACAAAUUGCUCUCACACGACGUCCACGAACGUUCAGACAGACCGCUUCGAUCUGACGAACUGGAUUAAAAAUCCAAAGAUAGAACCUCAAAUUCUCAAACGCUCUAAUAUGUCGCAACAUGAUGGUUUUUUUACAUAUUAAAUAGAAUUGACAAAUUCCAGAAUAUUGUCUUCGAAAUUGGCCUAACAAAAUCUAACAGAACAUUUGUCGAAGAAUUUGGGUCGGGCGCUCAGAAAUAGCAAUUUUACAUCUGCACGCGUAGAAUACCGGUUCCUUUGUUCAAGAUAAACCGGUCUGUUAUCCAGAGGCAAGGCGCGCGACCAGACGAGGCCGACUUUUUCUACAACGACUCGAAAAUAACAAGAGACGCCUCGGACUAUCGAUAUUACGUUGUUAAGAUUAAAUGAGACAUUUUGUAUUCGUGCGGAAGAAAAACGAAUGUAUGAAAGGACUUCCUAAAACCCCACUCUCACCGAGACCGCGCAACAUUAGAAGUGAAUCUAGCGCGCUAUUGAAACCAGCUCAAUUGCAGUCAAUGCCACCGUAGAAAGGAGCACCUCGCCUGCAAGCAACGCAAACGUUCUCCGUGUCUGACGUUGGAUCAAAGUCCGGAAAAAUGCGCUCGAAUUCAAAAGAUCAGUUGCUGAGCGAACGAUCCUCUUCAUUUCGCAAGAUGGUGCUGGAAGAAGCGGUAGUCGUAAGAAACGCCGCGAAGUCUUACGGAAAGAAAGUGGUGCUCAAAGGUCUGAACAUGACGGUCUCCCGAGCAUCCAUAUAUGCCUUGCUGGGUGCCAGCGGAUGCGGCAAAACCACAUUGCUGUCCUGCAUCGUUGGAGUUCGACAUCUUGACAACGGAGAGGUGUGGGUGUUGGGAGGAACACCGGGCAGCAAGGGUUCCGGAAUUCCCGGACCUCGAGUCGGUUACAUGCCGCAGGACAUCUCCCUGACCGGCGAGUUCACCGUGAGCGAUGCUCUGUAUUACUUCGGCAGAAUCAACGGGCUCGAUAACGUCGAAAUCGAAGAGAGACAGGAUUUUCUUACGGAUCUACUUCAGCUACCUUCGGCGAAUCAUCUGGUGAAGAAUAUGAGCGGCGGUCAACAGAGACGAGUCUCCUUCGCGGCCGCGUUAAUACAUCGGCCUGAGCUCUUAAUUUUGGACGAACCCACCGUGGGCCUAGAUCCAGUUUUGAGAGAAAACUUGUGGACUUAUCUGAUCAAGAUUACGCAAACAGAAGGCACUACCGUGCUCAUUACGACACAUUACAUCGAAGAGGCUAAGGAUGCGAAUAAGAUUGGUUUGCUGAGAGAGGGUGAGUUGCUGACGGAAUCGUCACCGCAACAUUUGUUGAACCGAUUUCAAACCGAGUCUUUAGAAGAAGCGUUUCUAACUCUCAGCCAGAUGCAGACAAACAGACUCACAGCUGUCACACAUGUAAACAACGCUCAAGUAGACGACAACAACAGUAAUAUUAAUAAAAAUAUCUCCUCAGAGGAUAAAACUUCAAGGUAUCAAAGAACCCGCGAUCAAGUUUCGUCAUUGAGAAGAUUCAAGGCUUUAAUGGCAAAGAACAUCAUACAAUUUUUUCGCUAUUAUUCAGGACUCGUUUUCGCGGUAUUCUUCCCGUUAUUGCAAGUGUCCGCGUUUUUCAUCGGGGUUGGCGGUGAACCGAAGGGUUUGAAAAUCGGAAUCGUCAACGACGAAGCCGGCAACUGCGAUUACGGCAACGAUAUCGGCAACAUAUGGUACAACGAAGUAAACGAUAUACCGGAGUGCAACUGGAGCAAUCUCAGUUGCAGGUUCAUACACAAUUAUAAGGAUACCAUCUUAGAACAGGAAUAUUACAACGACAUCACCGAGGCAAAUGCUGCUGUGCAGAAGGGAAAAGUUAGCGGCGUGAUGCACUUCGGUUCAAAUUUUUCCGAAGCUCUGCUGUCCCGACUGGACGUGUCACUUGCCACGGUCAAUACAAGCGAAUAUUUAGCUGACAUCACAGCCAGUCAGAUCAACAUUUUUCUCGAUAUGAGUGACUUGCAUCUUGGAGUUAUUGUGAAGAAAACGCUGAUGGAUCAUUUCUUCGAGAUAUUUCAAGAUGUGCUAACGAGCUGCGGAUAUCCAGAAAAAUACACCAACUUACCCAUUCGGUUUGAAAAUCCUAUAUACGGCAGCAACAAUUAUACCAGCUACAAACAAUUUAUGGCGCCGGUAUAUCUCCUGACACUUGCUUUUUUUAUUGCCACUUACGUGUCCAGUUCCUUGCUUAUCACGGAGCGAGCGGAAGGUGUUUGGAACCGAAGUCUGGUUCAAGGAGUCAAGACUGCGGAGAUCUUACUGUCUCACUUCUUAACUCAGUCCGUUAUUAUAUGCGUUCACACCGCGAUAAUAAUGUGCUUAUCAUUUCCUGUAUGGGGUUUAGAUUGUCAAGGUUCCUUGUACAUUGUAACUCUGUUUGUGUUUCUCAUGGGUCUUGGCGGACUGAUGUAUGGUUUUUUCAUCUCUGUUACGUGUUCGAAUCACACAAUGGCGCAUUACGCUUCAGCCGGCAGCUUCUGGCCGCUUGUACUACUCACCGGUGGCUUAUGGCCGGUCGAGGGAAUGCCACGAGGACUUCGCUAUAUUAGCUAUAUCUUGCCAACAACUUUGCCGUCCAUAUCCAUGAGACAAGUUAUGGACAAAAGCAAACUCAUAUACGAAUGGGAAGUUUUCAACGGUUUUUUAAUCAUAAUUGGGUGGAUAUUGGUUUUGUUGAUGUUCUCUUUAAUUAGUCUAAAGUCACACACGAAAUUUUCGUGAUGUCACCUACAAAAAUUUAAACUAAAUUUAAUUUAAAAUAUUGCUAUAAUUUUUGUUUUUUUAUAGAUUUACAAAAUCAAUUUGCUCAGACAGUUGUUAACAAUUUCUUACAAAUAUUUUUUCUUACGAAUAGUUCUCAUAUUACUGUGUGCGUAAAAAAUUAUAAAAUCAAAACAAGUAAUAAGUUUCUCACUUUGUUGUUUUUUUUUUUUUGAUGAAAGUGCAAUAUUACGUCACACAAAAUAUUGUAAUAAUAAUAAUAAUAAUGUUUGAUGCGUAUGCGUGUGUGUGGAAUAUAAUUGACUUAAGUGAUUUUCAAUUGAUUUUUGUGUGAUGAAAAUUGUGAUGAAAUUUGUGAACGAUAUUUUUAAAUCAUAAGUACAAUAAAUCGAGAGAGAAAAAAACGAGGAAAAAAAAUAAAGUUUUUGAAAUAGUAUUUUUGUAUUUUCUCUUCUCUUUAUAAUAUAAUUCCUCUUACAUGUACAAAGAUACAUGUUUUCCUAUAUACAAACAUGUACACAGCUUGCUAUACAGUUUACUACAUAUAUAUUUUGCUCGCUUAAUUCCCGUGUGUAUAGUUUAUUAUACUUAUAGAUAUAACUGUAUAAUUAGUUUUAACGCGUAUUACCGUGUUUAACGAUAUAAAUAUAGUAAUUAUUAAGAAAACCGCUGCUUAUCACAAAUUUGUUGUCGUAAGUAAGCUGUAUUACAAUACAACUCUACAUUUGGUAUCAGUUGUGUGUCAUCAUUACACGUAAUGUUUAUACUUAUUACAUAAUUAACACAACGAUUAAUCAAUUAUAUUUAAUAGUAUAUCUUUCUCUUUUUUUU